AUGGACCAGCUCCGCGCCGACGCCGACCGCCGUGCCGCGCAAGAAGCGGCCUGGCAAGAGACAACAGAGAAGCUCCUGGAACAGGAGACUGGAAACAAGAAUGACAAGAGCAAAAAAGGUUUCUACCCCUCCUUCUCCUCAUCACCCCGAUACACAUCUGGAUAUGGUCGCGGAAACCUCGGCAACAGGCAGCAGCACAAGAAACAAAAGUCUCUCCAUGACUCUCAACAGCCGCAUGGCUAUCCGGCUGCUGGAGGCGGUGGUGGCGCUGGGGGAGUUUUCAACUGGAACCCCGGGAACAACUACUACCACUCUCAAGCUGUCCCCCAGUACGCCGCCCAGGACGCUUCUACUACUGCCUACGGCAAUUACAACCCGCACAACGUCCAGACAUUUGCUUCUCAUCAUCAUCAUCCAAACAACUCUCUGAAGAGAAUGCUGACUGAUGACUCGGACGGCAGCAGCACAGUUCCUUCGGCACCACAACGAGAAGAUCAAGCGGGGCCAGGGCAACCAGAUCUCGGCGGCGGAUUCCCUGCAGGAGGCGCUCGAUAUUCACCGGCCGGGUUACAGCUGAGCGGAGGAGGGUCGGGCGACGUGUCGAUGACGGAUACGGAGGAGUGGGAUAUGAUUGCUCAGGCAGUAGAGAACUCGUUGAAGGAUAUGGCGGCGAGAGAUGGGGCUGGUCAGUAG